UGAUAUUCCGGCAAAGCAAUAUUGUUUCUGUGUUUAAUUUUCCGGUAAUUAGUAGGACUGACAAAUGUCAACUGGUGACGAGUCCUCGGGCAGGACGUCCGCCUGCAGUCGACAGAACGGAGUGCAGCAGAGCAUCGAAGCGAAACAAGUGGAGCCAAGCAGGAGUUCACGCAACACUUCAAAUCUGUUGCGCCAUCAGCACAGCUUCGAGGCGCGCUACAGCAACAUAAUACAAAAACAGAUAUGGGAGAACACCAUUAAUAAGGAUGCUAUAAAGCGUCAGCUUAAUGACUAUUUUCCCUUCGCACGCAGCACUUCCCUCACAAGAAAUGAGCCUGAUUGCUCUUAUGAUUUGCUCAGUCCAACGCCAGGGAAUAGUGAUAGUGGCUUAAAAGCACGGUCGUUGGGUACCACGCCCACCAAACAUCGAUCGGAGGAUUCCCUGGAGAGCAACGAUUCCCCGAAAAAACAAGCCAAGAUUAACAGUGAUGCGUGUUGAUAAUUGACGAACAUAAUUAAGUAAGAAACAUGUUUGAACUUCGGAAUAGCUUGUCACAUAUAAUUAUAUAUAUGCACUAAGCAUAAUUAUUUUCUAUG